GCAUGGCUGCAGUAAAUGCAUUUACCACCCAGCGCUAAUUGCCUCAGGUGUGCUGCUGAUUGUAGUGUUAGCCUAGCAGCGAACGGCCACAUAUUUUGCUCAUAUUUUUGAUUUCUUUAGAAAAUUUCGUCAACUUUCUUUCUUUUCUUUUGUGUGUCUGUGGUUUACUUAUGAUUUGUUUCCACUUGUAUCACCGUGUAGAACAAUGUAUACAGCCCUUAACCUCUCGACUUCGGACGACUUCAACAUGUCAGAGUUUGACUCUCAGAGACAGCAGGAGCUCUCCCACCGCUCCGUCAAAAUAAGCAUAAUAAUCGUUUUGGGCGUCGUGGUCACGUUGGGAAACAUUGCAGUUCUCCUGGCUAUUACUUCCUCAGUGUCCGGCUGGUCGAGAAACUCUCGGUACUUUCUCCUCUCGCUCACUGCAGCAGACUCUGCGUUCGGACUGCUGGUCAUGCCCUUGAACCUUUGGGUGAGUCUGCUAAAGGAUUACACUGAAGGUCCAGAUGGUUUUUGUCACCUUGUGGCCUUUUGCAAUGCCACCGUCUACUCCACCUGCAUGUACACACUGGCCAUGAUAAGCCUGGAGAGGUACAUUGCGGUGUUUUACCCGCUUCAGUACUCAUCUCUGCUGACAAGGAAAAGGACGCUGUUUCUGAUUGCCUUCGCCUGGUGCUUUCCUCCCAUUUUACUCUCGCCGAUAUCAUUACCAGAUGGCAUCAUCCAAGUUCAUUUUUCCACCGCAUCACUGGUCUGCAACCCAUCUUACUCUACAAAUAUUGGAUACUCCCUAAGCUUGACAUGUGUAAUAUUUUUCCCUUGCUCCAUCAUCAUGACAUUUGCAAACCUAAAAGUCUGGUGUGCAGCCAAGAGACAGAGGUUAAAACUGCGCAAAUAUGACAGCGCGCGGCGCAGUAGGCUCAAUGUGCCUUCCAGAGUGCUUGUGCCUGUGAUGGGAGCCUACUACAUCUGCUGGACUCCCUGCAUGGCAGCAAUGAUCUACAAUGCAGUCACAGGUAGCAGUAUACCAGAGUGGAUUGAGUUUGUAGUGGUCUGGCUACCAACUUCCAAUGGUUUCCUCAACUGCAUCUUCUAUUUCUGGAUAAACCGAAACUUUCGCAAGAAAUUCUGUCUAGUCCUUCAGAAACUAGCUCUGGCCCUCUGCCCUGAAUUGGCCAGAACUUUUGGGUGUUGCACCACAUCAAAGAUGCAGUUUGCAUCAGGAAUUCUGGAUAACAACAACAGUGUCCAUGGGCGAUCCUCCAGUGUGUCAUCUACCUGCACCUUGCUGUCUGUGGCUUAAGACCUAAAGAGCACCACCGGCAUGGACACAAACAUGGCCAGCAACCUCUGUACUGUGUUGCAUUGUCUGACUGAGCUAGACAACUGAAGCCAUGUUCUGACAUAGUUCCAUACAAGGUAAUGAGGGUGAGAACUAAGCUUUAAAAGGGUCGCAGUACGAAUGAUUUGGUUAUGAUAGCAAACAUUUAAAAUUUCCUCUCUGCAGAUUAAAUCCAAAUUUGCGAUAUCUUGAUUGUAAUAUAUUUUUUAUUUUUUAUCAAACUUCAGAAUCAGUGUUCAGUUGACUGGAGCAUGAAUUUAGAACGGCUUUGGAUUUUUUCUUUUACUUCUUCACACUGCUGCAGAGAUUUAAUUUACAAUUAGAGACAGUGUCUUUAAAACCACCUUUUAUUUGUUUUAUAACCAACCAACAAAGUUCUCUGUGCUCCCAAAAAUUGACAUUACAUACAGUGAUAUAAUCAGUCUUUCAGUGUCAGCCUGUUUAAACCUGUUGCACAGGUCACGAUUAGCGAAUUAGUUCGUUUUAAAUUCUCUCUAUAUGAAACAUUUCUGAACAUCGGUAUCUGAUAAUAAGCACACUGAAGGACUGAAACCAUCUACCUCUUCUUCAAUUUAAACUGUGCAUCAAAUACCUUGGCAUAUAACAGCUUGGAGAAGCUAACCUUUAAGUCACAGCUUUUCAGUGGGUGCAAGGAGGAAAGUAAUUAAGCAUCUAUACUGUAGAAAGGUCACCACAUUUGUGCUGGGAAGAGAUAACUUGGAUA